UGUACUGUCAGUAGUCACAGCCCAGCACUGCACCAGAAUAACCAGCAAUGGCUGCUGAUCCAGGCAUCUCUAAAUCACGAGACCAGAUCAUCAGGGUCACCUACCUGCUGACGUCCCUCGAUGUCUCCUGUAUGUUUAUGCAGUUUGCAGUGACACCGUAUCUGGCUAAGAGUCUCGGCUUGGACACGGUGGGAUUUGGCUACCUGCAGACUGUCUUUGGCAUCCUUCAGCUUGUGGGCGGUCCCAUUUUUGGCCGGUUGUCGGAUCAGUAUGGUGCUCGUGCAGCUCUUACGCUUUCCUUCCUAUCGGCCUCCAUCUAUUACCUGAUCAUGGCCUUCACCACCAACAUCCCGUUCCUGUUCCUGUCCCGACUUCCUUCCGUCUUUAUGCACGGUCUACCAGGAGCCCAGAUGAUUGUGACCGACCUGACCUCAGACCAGGAACGUGCUGGGGCCCUGGGGAAGCUCGGCCUCUGUUUUGGAAUAGGAAUCAUUGUUGGAUCUUCCCUCGGAGGCUACCUGGCUACUAGAUUUGGGCUGUACACCCCCUCCCUGAUCGCGCUGGCUGCCAGCCUCGCCUGCUGCGUCAUAGCGAUGAUCUAUAUACCGGCGCAGACCAAAGUAACGGAGGAACCCCGAGCCCCUCAGCAACGGAAAAACAGCGUCUUUAACUUCGGAGAACUUGUCCGGCUCUUACGGUUUCCGGGCGUCAUGGUGAUUUUUAUAGUAAAAGUUCUUUCCGGGUUUCCAAUAGGUCUUUUCAUGAUUAUGUUUCCCAUUGUCUCGACUGACUUCUUUGGCCUUACUGCCGCUACCGCCGGAUAUUUAAUGUCGUAUUUUGGGAUUCUCCAAUUGGUUGUCCAGGGGCUGAUGGUCGGACGUCUGACCAGUCAUUUCUCAGAUGAUACGCUGCUCCGCCUAAGUAUAGUGGUGUCUAUGGUAGUUGGACUGGGCCUGAUAGUGAUGACAAAUGUCUUCCACUUCUGCAUCAUCGCUCUCCCCAUGGUUUUCACCUUUUGCGUUUCUGGCGUCAUCACCGACAGCAUCCUGACCAAGGCCGUCCCUCCAUCAGAAACAGGAGCAAUGCUGGGGAUCUGCGCAUCUAUCCAGCCCCUCACGCGGACCAUAGGACCCACCAUCGGGGGAUACCUGUAUAAACAUUAUGGGGUGCCAGCCUUCGGACUCUUUAACAUUAUAGUCAGUGCGUUGUUGUUAAUGUACCUUGUAAAUAGUCAAACAAAGGGAAACGUAAGGAAGAAAAACUAGUGUCACAUGACAACCUUUAUAGUUAGAUUUUUUAAAUUAAUGUGUGUGUGCGUGUAUAGUGAUUUUUUACAAAGCUAGAUGAUCUUAAAGAAGACCUUUU